AUGGCUAUUUUCACCGAUAUGUUGGAAUUGUUUGUGGAUGUCUUCAUGGAUGAUUUUUCUGUGUUUGGUCCUUCUUCUGAUGAAUGCUUAACCAAUCUUGCUAAAGUGCUUGCUAGGUUGUUAGAGAAGGAUGUGCCAUUCAAGUUUGACGAUGCUUGUCUGAAAGUGUUCGAGGAGCUGAAAAAGCAGUUAGUGAGUGCACCAAUCAUAGUGUCCCCUGACUGUAACGAGCCAUUUGAGUUGAUGUGUGAUGCUAAUGAUGUUGCAAUUGGGGCCAUAUUGAGCCAAAGGAGGAGAAAAAUAUUUCGCUCCAUUUACUACACAAGAACAGAGAAUCAAGUAGCUGAUCACUUGUCCAUGUUAGAAACUCAAAAUCAUGUAGCUAAGGGAGAUGUUAUCAAGGAAACCUUCACAGAUGAGCAAUUACUGGCUGUUACUGUUGCGGAGGUGCCAUGGUAUGCAGAUUUUGUGAACUAUCUGGCAAGUGGGGAAAUGUCGCCUGAUCUAGAACAUCAUGCUAAAAAGAAGUUCUUGCGAGAUGUGAGAUCAUAUGUAUGGGAUAAGUUAUUUCUGUUCAAAACUUUUAUUGAUCAGUUAAUGAGAAGAUGUGUGCCCGAAUCUGAAAUAAAUGCUAUCUUACAUGAUUGUCAUGCAUCGUCUUAUGGUGGUCAUCAUGCGGGUGACAAAACAACAGCCAAGGUGUUGCAAUCAGGUUUCUAUUGA